UACUUGCUAUCAAGUUGGCUGUGGUAGACGACGGUAUCGUUGGCAACAGUUUGUUGAUUUUAUGCAGCUUUUUGUUGAGUGUUUAAAAUUUCUGUAAUAAUUGCUUAAUAAUUUUUUAACAACGCAUAGUUAACAUCAGGAUGACUCCAAGAGCCGAAGAAAUUUUAAGUGGCUUUCAAGUAAACUGGAUGAAUUUGAGGGAUGCUGAUACUGGACAAAUUCUGUGGCAAGGAUAUGAAGAUUUAUCACUGCCGGACAAAGAACAUGAAGCAAGAGUGCCAAAGAAAAUCCUAAAAUGCCGAGCUGUGUCACGUGAAAUCAACUUCUCAUCAAUAGAAGCGAUGGAAAAGUUCAGACUACAACAGAAAAUCCUUUUCAAGGGAAGAUGUCUAGAAGAAUGGUUUUUCGAUUUUGGAUUUGUCAUACCGAACUCAACAAACACGUGGCAGUCUGUGAUAGAGGCAGCUCCUGAAUCUCAAAUGAUGCCUGCCAACGUUCUCAAUGGAAAUAUUCUAAUAGAAACGAAUUUUUAUGAUGAUGAUCUUCUAGUGUCUACGUCACGAGUGAGGCUGUUUUACGUUUGAACAUGUCAAUCUUUGGUUCUUCAAAAGCAAGCUGAAAGAGAGUCAUCAAACUGCAUAGUUUGCAACUUAUGACAUCUGCGCGGUGAGCAGUGCGCAAUGUGAGCCAAAGAUGAAUUUAUUGAACAUUUAACUUCAGCACAGCUAGGAAUUUCAAUGUAUUAUCGUUAUUAUGAGACUAUUGACAUUGCUGCUUACUGAUCAACUCAUUACGAUCAUUCCAAUUUACAUAUCAACCCGUUCAUAGCAUAUUUAACUGUUUUAGCAUUUAUAUUAUGUACUCGUUUCAGUUGAAUCCCAGCUAUAUUAUUUAAGCCUGAACUAGUCAAAAACAAGAUGUUUCCGAUCUGGUACUACCGUACUCGAACUAAUUUAUUUUUAGUUAUAUUUGAACUCUGAUAUUUAUUGAAAACGUUGUUAUUUUAUAAUAAUAUUAUAGAAAUAAGAUUUUUUAAAUCCAACCGUAGUAAUAAUUUUUACAAAUCAAUUGGGAAUCACUCGUAUUAGCUGGUCUUAUUGUUAUCGAUCUCAUUCACUUAAUUCAUCAUUUCUUACGUCAAGUUAUUACAUGUAACUUGUAAGCUCUUCUCUCUCUCUCUUGCCAUAAAUUUUCUAUAGUAAAUGGAACUUUUUAAAAUUAGUUAAACAAAGACCUCAGUCUUGAAGAACUCCACUUCACAACCUAGAAUGUGAACUGAUUUUACUCCAGUAUUAUGUGACGCAAUUGCGAUUGCGUCUAGACGAAAUGUUAGGAACUAGUUUAGUUUUUCUAACCAAUAUUCUUGGAUUUUGGAGUCAUCGGUUUAAUCAUUUUUUAAUCUGGUGAGAAAGUUAUACUAAUUUGUGUGCCUAAAUGUUUGUAAAUAGCUUGAUAUAUGUGUAAUCACUUAACUGUUGUAUAUACUUGAACAUUCAAUAACAGAACUUCAUAACAUUGA